GCAAUCACCAGACUGCUAAUAAUAAAUCUUCUGACCGGAAUAAUUUAAUUAUUUUUGCUGUAAUUAGUUUAGCAAUUUUGGUGGGGUUAGGAGGAUUAUUAAUGGUUUUAUUGGUGAGUAGCAAAGAAGAAAAAGAAAUUAUUAGUCGUCAAGAGGCCUUGGACCGAGCCAAAAGUCUUGGUUUGGACCUUUUUUGUGUGGCUCCAACCAAAAACCCUCCCGUUUGUAAAUUAAUAGAUUAUCAAAAACAUGUCUUUGAAUUAAGUAAGAAAAAGAAAG